UGGCUAUACAAUGAAAGCUAUCGUGUGUGUUUUUGUGGCCCUUUUGGCCAGCGUAGCUGCCUACGAUGUGAAGCUCCUCAGCGAGGAGGAGUGGAACCGUCUAGUGGAGCGUAAUCCUGCCAAGCCCGAUACGCAGGGUCUGAUCUUGAAUGGAUCGGCCAAGAAGGCCAUCAAGGGUUUGAUCAACCAAAUGCCCUGCGGCUGGCCCCAAUACGGAAUCCCCCCACUGGCGCCCUAUACCAAUGCUGAUCUGCGCAUCCAUCUGGCCGAAUCUGUGGUCGAUUCCCUUUUGCAGUUCCUGCGCUUCCGCUUCGAUGGCCUGGAAAAGAUGGAGAUCAAGCAGCUGAAGGUCAGCUACACCUUCAGCAAGAAGGUCAAGUUCAGCUUCAACCUACCCCUGCUUACUGCCAGCGCUCACUACUUGGAUACCGAUACUUUGGUCGAUAUGCUGAGGCAACUGGGAUUGUCUGUGCGAUAUGAGAGCUCGGGUCCCUUGUCCUUCAGCCUCACGAAUCUCUCGAUUCAGGGCGAGUUCAAGUACAAGAUGCCCUUCAUCUUCGGCUCCAUCAAGAUCUACAAGUUCAGCUGCGUCGUCGGCCUGGGCGGAGUGUCCUCGAACAUUGGCGGUGUGAUGGGCAAUGGAAGGAUCAACGAGUACAUUAACGAGAUGAUCGACAAAGAGGUGCCGGCGUUCAUCAAUGGUAACCAGAAGCAGAUCAGCGCCAAGAUCGAGGAGAUCUUCGUGCCCCUGGUCAAUAACUAUCUAACGGGUCACAAGAUCUGGUAUCUGUUCAGCAUGAUCGGUGCCACCACCGGAACCUGCAAUCCCACUCCCGCCCCCUGGUUGGCUGUGGAGUCCAAAAAGAUUGACUAAGGUACCAAGCACACCAUCAAUAAAAAGCAAUCCAAGCGAG